AUGAAGGAUGGUAGAACCAGAACGUUUAAAGAAUAUAAAACCAAUGGUAAAGACAAGAAUCACAAAAUCGCACAAAAAGACAAUUCAUAUACAUUCAGGAUUAUAUGAAUCAGCACAAAUAAACGACAAUUCAGCUUAGAUACAACGGAAGAAUUGACGGUUGAGGCAAAGACUGUAGAUCAUGAAGCGGGAAGAGUAGGAAGUAAAUGGUAAAAUCAAUAUUACAAAGUAAAAUGACAAUUUACACCCCUGCUUAUACAAAACACUCGAAAUUUCAGACUGAUGGCAUAAUUAAAUUCAGAGAUUAAAAAAUAACGAUAGAAAUGAUACUAAGGGCAAUAUGGUAGAAUAACGUAUCUCGAAGAGGGUGAAAAUGAUACAAUGACAUACAUAUUGUAAAAAAUACUAGAAAUUUCAUUCUUGUGACAUCUAUAAGUCCUACGACACGUGGUUUAGUAAGGCGAGGCUGACUGACCGCAGCUGCAGACAAAAGGAUUAGUUUGAGCGAGAAAACAAUUAAAACAUCAAAUAUAGUUAGGCACCACAGGUGGACAUAAACUUCAAAACAACUAAUAUAUUUUCAUUUUGUUUAAGUGUAAAGGGAAGACGUGUAGGGAAGCUUUCGUCUCCGAAAUCAAAUAUUGAACAUUUGAACUAUCCUAUGGCGUAGGGCAUGUGAUAUUCGUUUGAAAAACAGCACUUGACGGAACACGUGUCUUAAGCGAUCUAUAAUUACCACGCGCGGUACUUAGGGCUCACAUCAAACGUCUUAACUUGCAUGCCGACAAUCGCAUUUGCCGCUGAUCGUUGGUCGAGAGUUCCAGCAUAAAUUAUUCAUCUCAAAUAAUUAACGCCUAUUGUUUACAUGCUUUAUUGUUAUGAAAAUGCAAUAUUGGCAUUGGCCUAUUAUACGUCGACAGGACAUCGAGCAAUAAUCACGUUCGAUACUGAGUUGCUAGUCGUCGUGAAGAGUGUACUGAUUGUCACCUCAGGAAUUGUGAGGAAAUCGAGACCUCAUCAAGGCUCCUGCUCUCGACAAAUCAGAGAGACUAUUUUAAUUUAAACAGCCGGACACAAAGAACAAACAGUUAAGAAAUCACCAAAGCGGAACAGCAACGUUCAAAGAUACACGCUGCAAGUUGAAGGAAUCGAAGAAACCAACGAGUGCUUCUCUACUCUCUUCACAAAUACGAGAGAGCAGUUUGAAUUGAAACAAGAAGUGAAGAAGAAGAAACAGUUGAACUACAUCGAGAGAGAGAGCUCUAGAGAGCUAAACAUUGAGAGGCUCGUACGAUACAACAGCAAGCUGCAAGUGAGGUUGCAGAAUUACUAAACAAAACUCACGGAGACAAUACCGAAGAAUAAAGCAAUUUUCAGAAACACUCGACAAAUCAAAGCCCGGGUUUUGAACACAUGACAACAAGCAGUGGGUGAUUUGGAUUGACGGGAACUUGACGGAAACAUCAUAACAGGCUCCAACCUCUACACUCGAGUGAAAGGCAUUCACUUGAAUACCACGGCAAACGUGAGUAUCAAAUAAAACCAAUCCAUUUGGUACGGUAGUUCUACAACUAUACGUAUGAACCCUAGAGAUCCCUAGGACAUCAUAGUUAGUCGACCUACUAGACCUGAUUGAAGAACUUGUCUCAAGGAAGUGUAGGCAAGAUCAUUUUCUGUAUCACCUAGACAAAGCAAAUGCGAGUUUAAAAUCAAAACCAAACAUCCAUUUAGUAACGUGUUUAGCCAACUAUUAUACAAGAUGAUAGUUAAUAGGUUAUUCAAUUUACGCCGGGAACUUGACGAGGAUCUUUGUCUCAUCUUACUCGAGGUACCGGUUAAGAUAACGUAGAAUACAACAUAUUAUCGUUGCAAAUUUGAGUAUAAGAUCAAAAGCAAGCAUUAUCCUUUUACCACGGUAUUUAUCCAGCAUUGAUAUAUAUAUAAGAACACAGUUAGUAACGGAGCAGCCAGGUCGUUAAGAAGAAUAACCGCGGUUGGACCAUGCCAUAAGUUCCCGCGUUGCAGUAUUAAAACAAAGUUCCCGGCUGUGAAACUAUAAACUAUAGAGUAAUUUUGAGAUAAUAGAUGAAUUUCACAACAAAUGUCCAAAUCACUUAGUAUUUUUAAACUUAUAAAUGCAGUUGAUACAAUUUGGCAAACCUUGCAUAAUGCGAUUUAAUUCAAUCAUCAAUGUCCGCAUAGAUUGUCGUUGUUCACGGUAGCUAAGAGAUUAAUUUCUAGUUAUCUUUCAGAAGGAUAUAAGCCGUAGGGAUGCCAUAGAAUAUUGUAUUUAUGCCUCAAUUUAGAAGCUUUUAUUUUACAGUAAUAAAAUAAUUUGAUCAAAUAUAUAGUACUAUACGGAGUCAGGUCUUGUGAUCGCAGUAGCACAUGCUAAAGAUUGGUCUACCUCUUGUUCUGCCACGCAGGCUAGUUGUAGUUUUCAGGUAGUUGCGUCAAUCCCAAGCUUUCUUAUUAUUGCCACGACCUACACUGCCACAGAACAUUCAAGAUUAUAGUCAAGGAAGGCCUUAAUAGAUCGUCAACGUCGUACCAGAGUUGUCAAAUACAGACAGAUGACGAGAGCUUACACUGUACGCGUGCAUGAACAAAUCAAUAUGGCUACAGUAGCUAUGGCUAGCCUUAAGAGAAUUUCACACUUCAGCAAUCCUAAUGUUAAAAUAUAUUCUCACAAGCGCUCGGCAUUCGGUGUACGUAACGGUUUACAAAUACUGGUCCUUUGUAGUAAAUUCUUGCUGGCAAAUAUUAAGAGUUUCAAGCGCUUCCUCAUUCAGUCGUUUCAGGAAGGGAUAUUUGCUUCUAUGACGUCUACGUUUAUACUUUAAGAAUCCAUCUGAAAAGACUUGUAUUACAAGAGUCUAAAAUCGAGAUCCUUAGUUGUUUUUCAAAUACUUAAAUCUCUUUUAUACACGUUUCAAGUAUUGAGAAAAAAAAACACACAAGGUAUACAAAGUGCAUUCCUUUAAAAUUCAGAUUUGGUGUGUAUAGCAAGAAUGUGUCGCGAAGGAUUUGUAUUCUGAUUAAUGAAAAAUCGAGGUGUUUUGUCAAUAACUGUAAACUAAGUGAAUUUUCUUUUCUAUACAUUCCAGGAGAUAAAAUUAAUAGAAUCACGAAUCCGAAGCUGUGA